AUGACAAUACUAACUCGUCAAUCAUUAAUGUGUUUAAGAAAUCUUCAACAUCUUAUAAUUGCUGAGAGUAAUUUAACUUUUAUUGCACCUGGUACAUUUGGUGUUUUAAAAAAAUUAAAAACAGUGUCAUUAAUAUCAAAUGCUAAACUGACUUACAUACCUGCAAAUAUAUUUAAUCUUAGAAGUUUGGAUAUUAUUAAUUUGAGUAUUUUUAAAAAUAUUGAAUGUAGUGUUAUUGAUUUUACACAAAGUGGUAUUCUCUACGUAGAUGAUGAAGCAUUCAAUGAAUCACAUAUUGAUGUACUUUAUUUUUUUAAAAAUUUAUUUGUUGAUAAAAAUACUUUAAGUUGGGACAUUUGUUACUUGAGUGAAUAUAAUUAUUUUAAAAUUUGUAAAACAUCUGCUUUGAAGACAUUAAAUUCAGUCAGAUCACUUGUUGAUAUAUGGGAACCCAAGACACUUCAUAUUAACGACAAUGAAAUUACAUCAAUCGAUAAUAAUGCAUUUAAUAAUUUAAAAAUAACAACCUUAAUAAUUAGAUCUACAGCAGAAAAUUUUAAUCUCAAUGCAGACUCAUUUGCAGGAUUGCCGAAUCUCAAAGUUUUAAAACUUGAAACUAAACCAAUUUUAUUUACAACAUCAUUUUUCCAUCAUUUUGAAUCAUUAAUAUCACUUGAAAUAUCAACAACUCAAUUUUCGGAAUCAAACAACAUGCGUACUUGUGAAUUAUUAUCUAAUAUUACAAGUUUACAAAGUUUUUCAAUUGUUCAUCAUAAAUUAUUAAAUAAACGAGAUUUUCUCUAUGAGUUUUUCAAUCAAGUAGAGUUCAUACAACUAUGA